AUGACAAAAACAGGUGAUUACUUAUCAUCUCCAUUCAGUGUUUUCCUACUACUUGCAACACUUUUGGGUUCUGGAGGAGUCAAAGGUAAUACAAAAGUGCAGAUAGCUGAAGCUUUGGAAAUCUAUGAUUGUACAGGGAAACAAGAAAUCAUUUCUCAGUUGUUUACACCAUUAUAUCAUAAUUUGACAGCAGAGCAAGUAGAUGGCAAAAAAAUGAUCACUAUUGGAAAUGGAAUGUUCAUAAGAAAUGGGGCUAAAAUCAAGUCUGAUUUUUCAAGGAAAAUGACAAAGAAAUUCUUCACUGAUGUCUGUAACGUGGAUUUCUCUGACCAGAGAGAUACUACACGAAAGAUCAAUGGAUGGGUCAGCAAUAAAACAAAUGAAAUGAUACCGGAGCUCUUGAAACAGCCACUGAAAAAGGAUACCUAUUUAGCGCUGAUCAAUACACUGUACUUCAAAGGCAAGUGGCAGAAACCUUUUCCUAAGUAUUCCACAUCGGAAAAUACUUUCAAACCACUUAAUCAACCCGUUAUAAAAAUACCAAUGAUGCAAAUCACUGAUAGAAUCGAUUAUGGAAAAUUCUCAAAUUUCAAAGUUCAUGUCAUCAGCAAAGAGUUUUCGAAUCCACGAUUCACAUUUGUUGUGAUCUUACCAAUUGAAUCUGGAAAACUUCAAUAUCCUGAAAGAUUUCUACGUGGUGAAGUUCAACUACCAAAUUUGAUGAAGAAACUUCAUCCUACUCAAGUUUAUUUGAAAUUACCAAGAUUUAGAAUGGAUUCAUCAUUUGAUCUAAUUGAAACAUUAGGAAUGUUGGGUAUAACUGAUUUAUUUGACUCAGUUCUUGCAGAUAUGAAAGGUAUAACUGAGGCUAAAAUCUACGCCGAUGUACUUCAACAAAGUACAGCUCUCAAAGUCAAUGAGGAAGGAGUAGAAGCUUCAGCUGCAAAUAUACUCAGCGUUGGUGUGAGGAGUAUGCAACCGCCGCCGCGUGUUCACUUCAUUGUCAAUGAAUCAUUUGUCUGUUUUAUAUACGACAAAAUACUGGGAACUCCAUUGUUCGCUGGUCGUGUUAUUAAACCAGUUAUAAUAUCCAAUGACAAAUGA